AUGCCUAAAGAGAGACUUUCUGACUACCAGUGGCUAUCACGUGCACCCCGAACGGAUACGCGCCCAGUGCGUUUUGAUCUCGAUUUGGAAAGAGAAAACGACCGGCGACGAGCGGAACGGUCAUUGAGGGGAUCGAGGGAUGCAUCGGGCUUUGUGGACGAAAACUUUCCCUUCGUUCCUGGGAGGAGCAGAAUAGGUCGGGACAGGAACAAAGAUAGGAUCAUCGAGGAUCGAGAGAGGUCUCUGAGCCCGAAGUUCACCGAGGAACCCAUCGCGAGUGAUAACAGUGAUAUUAUUGUCACGGCAGGCCCUGAUUCAAAUGAUGAUGAAUAUGGAGGCCCGGCCCAUUCAUAUCGGGGGCGCAGAUCAUCGAAUUAUAGCCCGUCGCGCUUCGAUGAAAGGGAGAGCAGCCAUUUUAUGAGACAGCGGAAUCGACGGCGCCUAAACCGUUUUUUGGGACAGAGGCGAGACAGUUUGGAAAGUUCAGCUUCGUGCUCCGCAUCGGAUUCGGACAUCAUUGACGAUGCCUACUCAUUCACGUUAACGCGUCACAAGCGCACUACAUCGGGAAUUGAAAUAGUAUCGGACGCCUCCGAAGCUUCUGAAGGAGAUGUUGGAGGCGUGGAACCCGAAAAAAUUGUUUCUCAGUCCCUUCUCGCUCCAAAGAUACUGAAUGUCUUCGAUAGCAGGUAUACAGGAGAAGGGUCGGUAGGAGGUGUCCAGAGUGCCCGGAUUACGGUGCUGCCUACGCCACCCCAAAGCCAUGGCCAAAAAAAGAAUCGUCCCCCAUUGUUCACAUGGAUACAUUUUGAAGAUUCGGCUAUGAACUUUGAUGAUUAUCAGAACGGGGUAGCAGCUGUGGGGGGACUCUCAGAUAUCGAGCGUCAGGCCAUCUCACGUCUCCUAGCGCGUGUAGGGAAGCGGUUUGACAAGCCUUUUCAGACAUCGAGCGGUAUGAAAGCCAAAUUUUUGAUGCCGUCAUUGACCGCUGAAAAUAUUGUCAACCAGACGGGAUCAAAGACCUCGAAGCCGAGGGUAGUGACAUGGAUGAGUCUCCCGCAUUUCACGUUACAAAAAUAUAAGGCUGGCCCCGCCAGGGCAAGGCCCGCAGACCAUCCAAUUCGCAGUCUCAUGCAGGCGCGUUUUUCACUGGUCCAAAAGGGACGAGAUAUGCAACAGGCAGUUUGCCACUUGUUGGAUACCCCAGGCGAUUAUUGUUUCCAUAUUGCCCAGACGUGGUAUUUAAUUCUUGAUGACUCGCUCCUCAUCACCUGCGCUGGGAUCCGCAUGUCCUCCCUUCAAGGUGAUGCGAUUAAAAUUGCCCCCGAACCUUCAUCAAAGCACCACGGAACUUGGCCUCCUUUUAUUUUAGUUUCAUCCGGGAGAUGCCUCCUCUGGUGUUUCAAGGUGGAUGAGUGCCAGACCUGGUUUGGCUUUGUCCUGCUCUUUGGAGAGUUCUGGCCUGGGAGACUGGAGUUCAAGCAUAAUGGUAAAACCAUCAGGGCCGCUGACUGGCCGAGAAUUAUAGCCCAGGCGAAGAGAACAAAUAUCAGGCUUACGGUCGAUCACAGGGCUCCAUUGAGGGACAAAUUUGAGGCACCUGACAAUUUCAUACCAGUUAUGCGGGAUUAUGGAAAGGCUGCUUCGGCGUCAAAGCCGACUGUGACAUCGAAAGAACAGCCAGGCGCUAACACAUCGUCAACCAUUCCAGGCUUCAUCAUUCAUGAGUAUGAUCAGCCGCCCAAACAAAACAUGCCAGGUCCACCAUCAGAUAAGGGGCAGCAGCAGACUGCUAAACCGGCCACCGCUGAGGAUGCCCCUGAGAAAUCUAGUGCCCCAUCGACAGAGGGCUACUUCGAUAAGCCGAAACCUAACCCUGCAACGCCCGCCAGGCCAGAAGAAAGUCUCAAUUUACUGGGGGUUCAAAAUUCUCCCCCCAAGCCUAACAGUAUUUUCGCUGGGUUUUACGUGUUUGCUUGGCUAAAUUCGCAUCCAACGGCCAUGUUAUCUCCCCCUCUAUUUGCUUCGCCCUUAGAGCGACCUCAAUCAUCUCGAAAUCGCAGCUCUAGUAGCCCAAGCGGUGUUCGUGAGGAGACUCCAACUCCAAAAGCCACUCCUGAUAUUCAGUGGAGGGUCGAGGAGCAAGAUAUAAGAGAUGACCUUAGGGAAGUCGACGAUUUCCUGAAGGCUAGGUCGAGCGUCGGUGACCGUAUCGUCUAUCAGGAGUGUCCUCUUGGCUCACGAGACUCUAUUGUGGAGCAAUUGACGAGAGUUAAGACGAAGCUUAUGAGUUCAGAGAAGGUAAAUCCAGAGAAAGUAAAGAUUCUUGGGACGAAAGAAGCAAUAGCUGCAGCAGCGGAUCAGAUUUUCCAGUUCUUCCUACCUAUUACAUUUGAGGGACCUACAGUACAGAAAUACUGGGGCGCAAUCGACAGCUUAAUUUUGCCCGAUAAAUCACAGAAGGUUAAAGCACAAGAGAACACUUCCCAGUAUUACCAGGGUCGGCAGUACCGGCCAAAAGAAAGGAGAAUGAGAAAUUUCGGUUGUCGUAAUGAAGAUGUCCCAUACAUCGCCGAGUUUCUCGGUCAAAUCGCCAGGCAGGUUCAGCCAUUCAAAGAAUUCUACGCGGAGGCACGCCCCGCGGAUAGACUAAAUAUACACCUACCAGAAGAGUUCCCAAAGGCUUGGCUAUAUCUUUUGAUAUCUGUAGCCUCGACGACGAAAGACAUGGCGGUUUUUGAGGACCACAAUUCUGUAGUUCAUGAUUUGCUCGAUAAGGGAAUGCGGAAGGUGGUACAAGAGACGUCGAAGAAAAGCUUACUCGACAGCCUCGUCUUCACACCGUUUGAGCUCGCAACUCUCAUCAACUUUCAGCUCCUAGAGGGCGUAACUCCUUACUCCCAGGAUAUAAUCGAGCCAUAUUGGCAAUAUCUUCGGAGCCUGGAAGCCGACAUUGCCGCAAAUCCUGUCGACCGCAACCACCAAGACCGUAUUGCGCUAUUCAAGCAAGAGAUAUACGUCAUCAACGAUAUACUAAACCAGCAGCGGCGCCUCCUCAUGCUUGCUUCUCCCUCUGCAAGUUUCAGAAAUAGCGCCGCCGCCUUCCAGAACACUCAUCUCAACAAGAUAGCAAACGACGACUACCGUUCUGUGGUACCUAAUGUAUAUACCCAACAGCCAACAAUGCACGGUUUUAAUAACGCCACCCACCAUACACGCUACGACGUCGCGAACAUUGAGCCCUUCGACGUGCCCAUCGUUGUCGACAACCAAGGCCGCUCGCGUACAAGCCAGCUCGCACCCACCCACCCGAACGGCGUCCUCGGGAUCUUGAUCUACGACGCGAUCUCACUCGUAGACCACAAACUGCGUGACAUACGGGAGAUGCACGACUGGGUAUCGCAUCUUCAGGCCAGCAACCUGCAGAAAAUUGACACGAACAAGGACCGGCAGGAGGCCGCCAUCUACGCCUUCACCAUUGUCACCAUUGUGUUCUUGCCGCUCUCGACCGUCGCUGGGAUAAUGGGCAUGAACACGGUCGACAUCCGUGAUAUGGAGUUUAGCCAAUGGGUAUUUUGGGCUGCUGCCAUACCCCUCAUGAUUAUCGUAAUAACUUUAUGUCUAAUCUGGGCGGGUGAGCUGGGGAAUUUCUGGAAGGGCUUCAGGGACUUGUGGAGGGGAAGGGAACGGGCGAGGAGGAAGAAGGUAAGGAAGGCGGCAGUCAACUUUGCGCCUACUAUGGCCUAUACCCCGAUGGAUAGGUCGAGUAUGUAUAACACCGGAUCAGCAUCAGUGCGUGACUUCGACCGUCACUCUGUGGUUGUGAGAGAGCGCAACCGACCCGAAUAUGUGCGCGGGCUUUAA